UCAGACAAAUUAUUUGACCAUAAGUGACAACCCAUUUGACAAUAUUGUGAAAUACUAAAUCAGUCAGUAGGCAGGUACUUACUUUUACGUAAUUUUGAUAGUUUUUGGAGUAUUUUCAUAUUUACCUCUAAAGAAUAUUUAUUUAACUAACUAUUUUAAAAGCUGUGAUAUAGAUAUAAUAAUUAAAUUGAAAAUGUCGAAUCCGUGGAAGAAAGUUUCAGAACCCUCCGAUGUGCAAAAAUUAUCGGACAUCAUGUCUGAAGAGUAUGCGAAAGGUUUACAGGUUAAAGAAAACCUGAGGUUCGCUGAGGAAAUCUCAGACGUUAUUACACCUGAGACAGCUGAUAUUUCGCCCGAAAUUUUAAAGAAAAUUGAUGAAUCAAACGUUAAGGAAUAUUGCGAUUCAGACGCGGUUAUUGCGAAAGUUCUGCAAUGCCAGUUCGAUAAAGAGCACGAUGAACAAAUAAAGAGAGUAGCCAAAAAGAUGAAUGGGGACGCAAAGGUAUCUAUAUCCUUCGACAACUAUCGGAACGUUCCCGAGCACCUCGUCUACGAUUCCGAAUCUGACGACGAAGACAUUGAAUUAGCUUACAAAAAGGACUGGGACCGUUUCGAAACUAACGAGAAAGAGUUCGCGAGUCUUCCUAAACGGGGAUAUGUUAUGAAAGAGGGUGAAAUGGUCACGAAACAUGAUAGUACUAUUAACGGACGGAGGAAUGCCUGCAAAGUCAUGGCGUUUCCCCCUGAAGUUUGUACAGGAGAUGGUGCAGGAUUCGACAUGAAACUAUCCAAUUCCGUGUUCAACCAGCUUAAGGAACAUACAAGAUGGAAUCAGGCACGCAAACAUAAAAUGUUAGACAGAAAGGAGAGCCAUGCCACUGCCGAAAUGGGUCUUGACGAACCUACAAGACUUAUUCUCUUCAAACUCAUAAACAACGGAUUAUUAGAAGACAUUAAUGGGGUUAUAUCUACCGGUAAAGAAUCAGUUGUUUUACAUGCUAACAGUGAUCCAUCAUACACAGAAGCAGUAUUGCCAAGGGAAUGUGCAAUUAAAGUUUUUAAAACUACAUUGAAUGAGUUCAAAACUCGCGAUAAGUAUAUUGAAGCUGAUUAUAGGUUUAAAAGUCGGUUUUCAAAGCAAAACCCACGCAAGAUUGUUCAUAUGUGGGCUGAGAAGGAAAUGCACAAUAUGAUGCGUAUACAGAAGAUUGGACUCAACUGCCCAGAAAUGGUUUGUUUAAAGAAGCACAUCCUUGUUAUGUCGUUCAUCGGGAAGGAUAACAAACCUGCUCCAAAGUUGAGAGAUGUUAUAUUGAAGCCUGAGAAAUGGCAGAGUGUGUACCAUGAGAUAGUUGACUCAAUGCACAAGUUGUACAACAUUGGGCACUUAGUGCAUGCUGAUCUGUCAGAAUAUAAUAUUCUUUGGUGGGAGAAUAAAUGCUGGUUCAUUGAUGUCUCCCAGUCUGUGCAGCCUGAUCAUCCUAAUGGUUUGGAGUUUUUGUUGAGGGAUUGCCGUAAUAUCAUCAAUUUCUUUGAGAAGAAAGAUGUACCAGACAUAAAAACUGCAGAGGACCUGUUCAAGUCCAUAACAGGUUUUGAAGAAGUUGAUGUGAACUUAUUAGAAGGUGUUCAUACUGUUUACAACUCAUUGUUGUCACGCUUUGAGAUAGCUCCAGAUGACAAUCGCAAUGUCAGCUACCCAUUUGAGUAUUGCUGGAAUAAAUCCAAUGAGACUAAGAAGGUGAAAAGUGACAAUAGUGGCGGUGAUGAUGAUGAUGAUGACGAUGACGAAUUUGAUGAAAUGUGGACACAUUCCAAGCAAAGCGAAGUUGUUGAUACUUCCACAAACUUUGGCAAUGAAGUCGAGAUUAACAACAUAACUGUUGAUACUGAAGUCAAUUUUGGUAACAUAAUAAAUGUUGCACUCACUAAAAAUGAUGUGGAUAUAGGUAGUAGUAGUAUUGAUAAAAAGUCUUAAAGAGACCAAUUAUAUUUGUACUUUGAAAUAAAUAUUUACUACAGAAGAACUCAUGAGAGAAAAUUGGUUUGUAAUAAAGAACCUAGAAAAAAAUGGAUGUCAUGUUAUAGGGAAAUAAAAGAGAGAGAAAAGUAA